AUGCAUGCGGGCGUAUUUUUGCGACUGUUUCGCGUUGUCACUAGGCAGCGUCAUUUUGUCACCGAACGACAACUCGCCAAAAUGCUGAAAGAGCCUAUGACGCAAUUUACAGAUGACCCAAUACAGAAUACUUACCUCCCCUUCAUGGACAACUCUAAGUGUGCCUUUAAUGGCGAGGAAGUGUACUUCAAAAGAUUGCUUACUUUUCAGCGCAAAGUCGCCGAAAUCGAAGUUACCAAGCUGCUGGAGAGUGCAGUGCCCUGGAUGAUCUCGGUGCUCGCCGAGCGUGCAGUUGAAUACGAACAGACGCGCUUAAAUGUUGGUUACAGUGUUUACUUUUCAGGUUAUAUGCUUGUUUAUGCAUAA